AUGGCCUCGGACUUCAAUUUGUUCGGUUCCAAAGACAGAUACCGGAACACUUUGCGCAGAGCUUCCAAGAGAUACUCGUGGUCUGAAGCCAUCUCUAGACUCGACUACGUCUUCUUCAUGCGUCAUAUUGCAGCCAAUGACUGGCAGAAAGUCGCAAGCGUGGGCAUGGCGAAGAGUCACCGUGAGAUUGCACAAGUUCGACCUGGUCGGAACAGUGGCAAGGUCAUCACCCAUCUCUUCGAGGAAGCCCGUGUAUAUAACAUCUUGCCCGUACAUGCCAGUCAAGUCGGUUACCCGGUCAUUCGUCCCUCAGGCUAUGGCACGUCUCAAUUCCACGACGAGACUAUGGUCGACAGAGAGAAUGUCCGCAAGUUCCUCCAAAUCAUGAAGCGCGACAACCCAAAGUACCAGAACAUCACUAUCGACUAUGGCACCACCUCUGGAGGUGCUCCUACCACUGCCACUGCGUUAUCAACGGGUCCCACAACCGCUACGGCUGACGACUACGUCUCACCUGAUGCUUUGAGUGUCCGCAAGCCAUACAUUAUCAUCAACGUGAAGAGUAUGAGCCGCAUCGAAAACUCAGUACUGGACAAUCAAAUCUCAAAUGGUCAAAUUCAUCAACUCGAGAGACUGUCUAAGUCGAGCAAUCAGCGCCAUCUUCACAAGCGCUCCAAGCUCACGACCCAUGAGUACGAGGUCCUUACCAUUCUUCGUCGCCUUGGCCUCUUAGCAUCUGGCUCCAAGCUCAAGGUCACAUUGGAGGUUAUCGAGAUUGAUGAGGCUCCUCAAGACAAGGAGAAGAGGACAGUCAUGGAUGACCUGGUGGUCGCUCUCGUCCCAAGCUCGUCGCGUAGGAUCUCUGAUCCCGCCUAG